AUGGUCUCCACGCUCGAGGGCAGAUGGCUUCUGGAAGAUGAGAACGGGGACACGACCAUCGCUCUGAUCUCGGAAAAUGGGGAGGUCAAGUUCAUGGAAGAUCCCGAGGCGGAGAUGCGAAUUGCUGAACCCAAUCCCGGGACACUGGAAUUCCUCCUGCUCUCCAGCGACGGUGAGGAGCUAUGCCAGGUCAAACUGGUCGAGGCUGGCAUUUGUGAGAGCAUCGGCUUGGACAGAGGAGUAGCUUCAAGUGACAUCAUCUGCAAGCAAUAUCCGUCGGCUCAGCUAGAGGGGCUUGGGGACAUAACCGUCAUCAUCGGGGGCUGCACAGGCCGCAUAUCCAAGAUACAGUGCGGGAAGUGCCCUGGACUAAUCGACUAUGCCUGCCUGACCGACACGACAGGCACGCCGUUCCACCCCAGACCUUUGCAGACCCCAGUUCUGCAGCGCCAUGGGUCGUGCAGCCGGUUCGACAUGCCGAAGGUCUCCCUGGCGAGUGCACGGGCCCGGGACUCUGAGAUUCUUCAGAAGCUGGGCAAAGUCCAGCAGGCUGCUGAGAGCCACAAGCAGCAAACAAAGCUUCAUCAGCAGCGGCAUGAGUGGAUUGAGCAAGCUCGAAGCUUGCAGCGCGAUUCGCGAAGGCUGGAGGAGGAACUAACGACGACCGUGGCUGAGCUGGGGCUUUGGCCAGAUCUCGAAGCGGAAGUGAAGGCAUCAGCAGAUGCAACGGCCGAGGUCUGGUCGCAGGUGUCCGGGCUGCGACAGCUCUUGGCUGCUCUGCGCCGGCGAGAUGCCGUGCGGCUGCGCCAGUCUCCGCAGCAGGCAGUAGAUCUCCAAGCUGUGCUGAGCACGAUUGCCGCCGCGCUGCAAGGCCCCGGAUCCCCGCAAAAAAACUGCAUUUAUGGUACUUGA